AUGCAUCUCCCUAGCACCCUCGGCUUCCUCGCCGCCAUCGCGGCCCCCUUGGCAGCUGCCGUCGAUCCCCUCGAGGUCCAAGGCCGGUACUUCGUCAACCCCAAGAGCGGCAACCGAUUCCAGAUCAUUGGUAUUGACUACCAGCCCGGUGGUGCUGCUGGCUAUGACCCGUCCAAAGGCAAGGACCCCCUCAGCGACAAGGACCACUGUCUUCGCGAUGCCGCCCUCAUGCAGGUCCUUGGUGUCAACACUAUCCGAGUCUACAACCUUGACCCCAACUUGAACCACGACGACUGCGCUAGCAUCUUCAAUGCUGCGGGUAUGUACAUGAUCAUCGACGUCAACUCGCCCCUCCCCGGCGAAGCCCUGACCUCGUACAACCCCUGGGAGAGCUACCACGAGGGCUACCUCAACCGCACCUUCGCCAUCGUCGAGGCCUUCAAGAGCUACCCCAACACCCUGCUCUUCUUCUCCGGCAACGAAGUCAUCGACCGCCCCGAGUCCGCCGAGUUCGGUCCCCGCUACAUCCGCGCCGUCACCCGCGACCUGAAGAACUACAUCAAGAAGCACUCGCAGCGCUACAUCCCCGUCGGCUACUCCGCCGCCGACGUCCGCGACAUCCUCUGGGAUUCGUGGAACUACUUCACCUGCCGCAUCAAGGGCGAGAAGGACGACGAGUCGCGCGCCGACGUCUUCGGUCUCAACUCGUACAGCUGGUGCGGUGAUGCCACCUUCGAGUCGUCCACCUUCAAGGACCUCGUCGACGGCUUCAAGGACACCUCCGUCCCCAUCUUCUUCUCCGAGUUCGGCUGCAACGAGGUCACCCCUCGUCUCUUCACCGAGAUCGCCGCCAUCUACGGCGACAAGAUGACGGGCGUCUUCUCGGGUGGUAUGGUUUACGAGUACACCCAGGAGGAGAACAACUACGGCCUCGUCGAGCUCGACAGCGAUGGCAACGCCAAGCUCCUCCAGGACUACAACACCCUCGCCAAGCAGUACGCCGCUCUCGACUUCGACGCCCUCUACUCCCAGAAGCCCGGGAGCGACACCCCCGACCCGGUCACCUGCGACGCCAAGCUCAUCACCCAGAAGGGCUUCGACAAGAACUUCACCAUCCCCGAGAUGCCCCACGAUAACUCCGCGAAGAUCCUCAGCGCUGGCGUCAAGCCCGCUCCCUCCGGCAAGAUCGUCCCCGUCACCGACCUUGCUACCCCUCACAAAGUUGUUGAUGUCGACGGCAAAGAGCUCUCUGGCGUCGCUAUCAAGGCCGUUGCCGAUAAUGGCUGGAACCGCCCUGGUGUCAACACUGCUUUCGAGAUCGGUGCCGCCGCUGCUGGUGGUAACAGCACUAGUAAGGAGGAUGCUGGUGCUUUCCUUCGACCUACCGUCCUUGCUCUUGCUCUUCCUCUCUUUGCUUACCUCGUGUAA